AUGUCCGAAGUCCAACAUGGUGAAUAUUUGCUGGUUAGAAACAUGGCCGAAAGCGAAAGGCUGGAGACGCAAUUCAAAGCCUGGCAGGUCAGUAUUGGGUAUCUGCUUCAUCCAGCCAUCAAACAACAUGAUCGGAUGCGCAUUGCAGAUGUUGGCACAGGGACUGGGAUCUGGCUCCGUGAGCUCGCUGCUGUUCUCCCAGCAACUUGUCAGCUUGACGGAUUUGACAUCUCAGACGUCAUGUUUCCCUCCAAGGAUGCAUUGCCAGAAAACAUUACCUUCCACCAUCAAAAUUUCCUAGAGCCAUUCCCGGAGGAGUAUCUAGGAGAAUAUGACGUCGUCAAUGUUCGAGUUAUGGUGGCGGCUUUAUCUCAUGACGAAUGGGAGCCUGCCGUGCAGAAUUUGAUGACACUUCUCAAGCCAGGGGGUUAUUUGCAAUGGGUUGAUUGUGCCGCACAUGACUGUGUAGUCAAAGGAGAGCCCGAAGGGAAACGAGCCACCAAUGCACGACAUGGAAUUGACUUACUCCGAAGGACUCUGAAUUCGCUUGGGAAAACACCACAUGUUGCUGCUCUUUAUGGCACAUUCCAGAACAGUGGACUGGAAUCUUGUGAAGAGCGGAUCUACACUCUUGACAACCCAGACACUCGGGAAGACGUCAAUCUCACAGUUGCCGUUGCAAUCCAGCAUGCCCUGACUGCUGCUUUAAAAACACACAAGGUGGAUGGAAUACAAUCCGUGGACCAGCUUACGACCCUGAGGGAGGCUAUGCUAAGUGACUUGCACAGCCUUGGUUGCUAUUAUUGCCUUGAUGUUUACGUUGUAGUUGGGAGAAAACCUUGA